GUUUGGACUUGCCCUUCCCCAUACCCAAACGCUGUUCGUAGGUCGUAGAGAUACUGCCUACAAAUUCAGUUGGUUGGCCGUCACUGCUUCACGUCCCUUCUGUGCUUCCUCGCGCCUUUCGAAGAAGGUUGAGUCCGAUUAGCGAGAGGCUAGGGUUUGAAUUGCUAUUGCCACUUUGGAAGAAAUUAUGAAGAGGAGGCGGACAAGAAUAAUGGAUUUGAACUUCGAUGUAUUAAAGCAUAUCAUAUUCUUUGUAGCUUCAUCAUCCAAUGGAGCGGUUAAUUUUGCAAGGACUAUAUGCGUCUGCAAAGAAUUUAUGAAGCUUGCUGAGGAUGCAGAUGUCUUGAGAGGUGUGGAUUUUUAUAAUUUGAGGCUACCUGGAACGGAUGGAUCAGUCUGGAAGGCAAAUGGCUUGUUAAAUAGAUGUGCAUAUGCUGGAAAUUUGACUGCUUUGUACAUGCUCUUAAAGAACAUUGCAGAAAGAUUUGAAUCUACACUGGAAAUAAUUCUUAUUCAAUCGUCUAAGAUGGAUAUUGUGAGGCAGACGAACAGCAGAUAUUGCACUAGGGCAAGGAGGAGGGCUUUCAAAUCAGUGUUGGAGGUGACCAGGGAGAAAAUUGUAGAUUUUGAGGGUGGCUAUGAGAAGUUCCAGGAGAUCCUUGAACGAGUGCAAGGGGUUAUGUUGUCACUCUAUGUGGAGCAUGAACUAGCUCUUCCUUUGGUAGAUAAAAUAACAAAGCUAAAAAAAUCAUUGCAGCACAUUUAUCAGGAGAUAAUUGAGUUGCUGGGUAUUAAAUUCUCUCUCCAUCUGCAGCAAGAAGGAGCUCUGCCUGUGUUGGACUCUAUGUAAAGGCCUGCGCAGAUUUCAUCUUGAAAGUUUUAUGUGAACAUUAGUUCCAAUUUGGGACGUUUUUGUUUGGAUGCAAUUCUUUCUACCUUGCCGUCAUGUAUAUAGUUAGCUCUUUUGUUCAUUUCUUUAUUGACUCUUGACUUGAUAGAGAGAAAUUUUUGCAUCCUCUUCUCAGAGUUCAGGAGUUUAGUCAAAGCAUUCACCUUCUGUUUUUUGUUUA